AUGAAGAUCACGAUUCCACUGAUCCUAACGCUCGUUCCUCUUCUAGCCCAUGGCUAUGCCCCAAUCGUGAAGAGCGAUGGAUCAAUUGUCAGGGGACAGGAUCCCAAUCAGCAACAGGCUGGUCAAGGCCCCAUCGAAGUGGCCGUCGACACCCAGCACCCGACUCCAGGAACUUACGCUGUGGCAUUUCCCGUGAAUGGCGGAACUCCACAAACCAGCAGCACUCCUCCACCUAGCAGCACACCCGCCCCCAGCAGCGCUCCUCAACCAGCUCCUCAACCAAGUAGUGCUCCUCAGCCCGUCCAACAGCAGGAUAAACCUACAAGCGCGAGCGCUACCCCUACCUUGAAGCCUGGUGAGCCAGUCAAGGAAGCUGCUGUUGAUCCCACUCCCGCCCCGCCUCCCCCGGGAGGAUGUCCAGCAGUAGGCAAUGGUGUAAUGACAUGGCGCAUUCAGAACAAUUAUGGCAUCCCGCUGUCUGUCUCCUACCUCAAUAACGCUGACUCGCCUUCGGCUAUUGGGUGCCCUGGUCCAGCACAAAUGACAGCUUCCGCAACCACCGACAUCGUUUUUCCUACCGGCUGGGCUGGGCGGGUCAUUGUAGGCAAGGAGACGAAAGAUGGGGCCAGUCUGAUUGAAGGCAGCACCACCGGUUGGAACGACAUCGACGUCUCAUAUGUUGACGGCUAUAGCGUUCCAAUCACCUGCAGCAAUGACAAAGAAGUGCUGACAGGUUGCAACAUUGACCUUUGGAAGACCGGCAAUUGCCCUAACGCCGACGGUGAUCAGUCUAUCUGCCACAAUCCCACUGUUAGCCAGCCGAACGGACCUGCCACUCCGUUCUUUCAACCCUGUCAAGGCGCCGCAUAUACCUUUCCAAAUGACAACAUUGCCAAUUCUGGGAACACACAAAGCGCUCUUGUUACUUGCUGCAUCGGCACCGCGGAACAAGGCUGCAAAGCACCCAACCGUCAAGGUAAGGGGAACAACCAGCCUAGCAAGAGGGAAUUUUUCGCACAGGAGAGCAGGCCUGCACAUUGGCAUAAACACGCAAAACGUCACGCGAUCCGCGCAAAAAUCAAUGCUCUGAAGUGA